UCACCGGAAGUGUAGCGCUCCUUUAGCGCGUAAGAGUUCAUAAUUAUGUUCAGUUCACUGCCGUAAUGGCACUUUAAUUAUUAUUAUUAUUAUUAUUAUUAUUAUUAUUAUUAUUAUUAUUAUUAUUAUUAUUGACGUUGUACUUCAGGGUGUGAGUAGUUUAUUUUGAAAACUCCACCUCCGGUUUGCUGUGUUCACACAACAGUAGCUGUCAACAAUGCUACGGAUGGACUCUAACGAGGACGUGUCGUUAUUCGAUGCUGAAGAGGAGUCUGCGAAAAAUUCCCGAAAAUCAAAAAUCAAACACCCCGUGGCUUCGUUCUUCCACCUGUUUUUCCGUGUGGGAGCGAUCCUGCUCUAUCUCCUGUGUGAGUUCCUCAGCAGCAGCUUCAUUGCCUGCAUGGUCUCCAUCAUCCUCCUCCUGUCCUGUGACUUCUGGGCCGUUAAAAACAUCACAGGUCGGUUAUUGGUGGGUCUGCGCUGGUGGAACCAAGUGGAUGAAGAUGGGAACAGUCACUGGGUGUUUGAGUCUAGAAAGGUGAAUGGGAGUGAGCGCUCAGUGUCUCUGGCGUCUGAUGCAGAAGCUCGGAUCUUCUGGUUUGGUCUGAUCAUCUGCCCUGUGCUGUGGAUCAUCUUCACCUUCAGCACACUCUUCUCUUUCAGGAUCAAAUGGCUGGCGGUGGUGUUAAUGGGCGUGGUCCUGCAGUGUGCAAAUCUCUACGGUUACGUUCGGUGUAAAGUGGGUACCAGCAGUAAUCUGAAGAACAUGGCUACCAACUACCUUGGAAAGCAGUUCCUCAGACAGGCUGUGAGUAAACAGGACGCAUCCUGAAGCGGAGCUGCAGCGCACAUCCCACUGUAAUAUUCCUGAAAAAUUCCCAAAUAUUCAGUUUCCUGGAGUUUAAUUUAGAGGAGGACUUUUGUGAAGCUGAACCAUGUUACUGCACUGCAUGUUACACACAUUCACACUCACACACACUCACACACACACACACACACACAUAUAACCACAUUAUCCACUUUAUCCUCAUAUCAGAUUUAUUUAUUCAAUGAAAUGUUGUUAUAUGAAGAUUUUGUAAAGUUGUUUUUUUUUUGGGGGGGGGGGGGGGGGGGCAGUUAUUUAUUUUACUUUUAAUCAGGAUGGACAAGUCAGUUGUUUAUUCUGAUGUCUUUAUUAUUAUUUUAAAAUGUGAAUAUAAUAUAUAUUCUGUGUCCUGAUUUCUCCAAGUUCAUUUACAGUGACACUUUAAAAAGUCAAUAAAAGUGACAUGAAAAUUAAAUGGAAAUUAAGGUUAAAUCAACAUCAGUGAUAAAGUCAAGGAAAAUUUAAGUAAAAAUUUUAAAUAAGUUACUAUUAAAGGGUACAUUUUAUUUACAUUUUGAACAGUUUCAUUUAAAUGACAAAUUCUAUUUAUUUUUAGCUGAAUUAAAUAAAACUGAUUAUUUCUUCAGAUCGCCCUCGUUAUUUAGUAUAAUGAUAGAUAAACAUUAUUAAACAUUAAAAUGUCUGUAUAAGUUUAUGCAGUAUUUAUUUACCUUGAGGUAAAGAAUUAAAGGUCUUCCAUAUCUUCCUUUAUCUUUUUUCAUGUUUGUGGUAGUGUAAACUGUGUACAUACUGUACGUGUGUAUAAUAUUCUACAUAACACUGCGAUUAGAACAUUUCUACAUUUCUCAUAACUGAUGUAAAGUUUCAUUUCAGAUAAAGUGGAAGAUAAAGUAGUGGUCAUGUUUAUAAAAGUGUGAGAUCCUGAUUGUUUUAAGAAUCCGUGUGAUUAAAGUGAUGUUUUAUCCUCA